AAAUAAAAAUUAUUAUGACAUAAUAGGGGGUUGUUACUGCUUGUUAGUUGUUAUCCGGCAUUAAAAAGAGAAAGUGAAUCGUAAUUUGAAGGUAUUUAACUCGGAAAUUGUCCCUAGUAGACAGUAGUACAGUACUACGUUUGUUCUUUGGUACUACUAAGAAGGCUUCUUUGAGUAAUUCUGUGUAUAUAGUGGUAUAUCAUCAUAGAACGUAUAAAACCAGAUGGCGUCUGUCUCUACGCAUCAUUGCGUCAAUACGUCUUGUGAUUUCCAUACUGAUACCGUAUUGUUCUAUGCUGAUACCGUUGAUAUUAAUACGCAAGUUGCAAUCCUUGCAUUAAAAAAAAAAAGAAACUAAAAACACUUAUUUUGCUAUCUAUAAUAUCUGAUUUAGCUUUAUCUAUACUAUGAUGCCUUGUCAAUAUAUUGUCUAUUGAAUCUUGGGUAUUUGAGAUUUGAGUUUAGGCAUACCUUCUAUUUCAUUAUCAUCUUUUCAAAACAUAUUAAAUUAUAUAGUAUUACCAUUAUUAUUGUUCUGUCAUUUUACAUAGGACGUGUAAAAUAAUAAACUCUAUUAAGAUGACUGUCGAUUCAAAAUACGCUCAUUUAAGUGGAAUUGCUUAUGACCAACCUGAUGUCUAUGAGACUUUUGAAUUACCAGAAGAUGACCAACAACUUGAUUAUGCAGAAGAGGACAAUGAUGAUAUUGAACGCGUCAAAUUGGCUCCUACUGAAGCUUAUAAACACUUUAAAGACAAAGUCAUCAGCUCAGACAAUAUAGACUUUUCUGAUAAAUUGGGUAGAUCACUUAAAACUGGAUAUAAUUCAAGCCAACUAUGGGAAUUAGCAGCACAAGGAGAAAAAGAAACUCCACUACAAAAGUAUUAUAGAUUGAAGUUGGAAACUGAAGAAUUGGUUCAAGAAAUAAGUUCUUUGCAGGAAAAUAAAAUUGAUCUUGAUGAGCAAUCAUGUACUAACAUAGGGUCUCAAGUACAAGAUGUUUUACUGAAACUAUCUACAUUAAAUAUUGAGAAGUCUUUUAAACAACAACUAGGAACAUCUGAAAUUGAUAAUUUACAGAAAUAUGUAGAAACUGUUACUGAAUUGUUAAAUAAACGACCAGAUAGCAGUGAUAAACUACAAGAUAAAACAGGUGUUUCCGAGGCAUUAAAUUUUCAAGCACUGAUAAGACCUAACAGGGCUCAGCUUGAUCAAGUUUCUCAAAUUUCUAGAUUAGAAGAACGUUUGCGUAAAUUGGAAGCAACAAUUGGAACUGGCACUUUAACACUAAAACGCUUAGGCGUAUGUGAGAGUGGAGGUUUGAUUGAGGCUGUUCGGCUAUUAUUAGGGCAGCUAUCUGUUCUUAAUUCAAAUCAAUUGGAUGCAGUUGAUACUAGAGUCUCCAAUUUGCUACCCAAACUUGAACAAACUGCAGCAAAAUUAGAUUCUCAAGAUCCUGAAAAAGAUAAAAAAAUUAAUGAGCUCUAUGAAAUAAUUUUAAAAGCAACUCAAGAAUCACAUUUAUUACCUGAAGUUUUACAAAGGAUGGUAGCAUUGGAAUCACUGCACCAAAAAGUUGGAAAAUUAGUGAUGACAAUUAGUAACCUGAGUGCCCAGCAUACAGAAAAUUCUCAAAAUAUUGAAAAAAACAAUGAGUUUCUUAAAACUAUAGAAUCUCACAUUAAUCAAAAUAUAGUUAAAAUGAAUUCUAAUAUGAAAUCUCUAUAUGAACGAAUGGAAGUUGUUGUUGAAAAAUUGAAACAAUCUGAAGCUUAAACUUAAAACAAAAUUUAGUUAAAUAUUUUCUUAAUAAAAUGUAUACCUGAUUAUUAAUUUUAUUAAUAUAUUUAAAUAAUCUUUUUUUAUAUAUUUAAGUUAACAUGUACA